CCGAGCAUUCACUGCCUUAGCAACCGCGGAGUGAGACCGAGGCGCGGCCGGGUGAGAGGUCAGCAGGAGAGACACCGAGCCAGGCAACGGGCGGCGGCUCGGAGUCACCGGGAGGAGCGCAGGCCGAGAUUUCCAGGAAGACGACCAAGGAUUUAAAAGGGGUACGAGCAGCUGUCGCCCUUCUAGGCUUCACCAAAGAUGUCUACCAAAACAACCAGCACAAAUAACAUAGCACAAGUACGGAGAACCGUCCAGCAGCUGAAAGUGGAGGCGUCCAUAGAGAGAAUAAAGGUUUCCAAAGCAUCAGCCGACCUCAUGCGCUACUGUGAUGAACACGCCAAGAACGACCCUUUACUCGUGGGCAUUCCUGCCUCAGAAAACCCCUUCAAGGAUAAAAAGCCGUGCAUUAUAUUGUAGUAUCCAGCGCGAACAUCUCCACCGUCUCUCGUCACUUACACCGAGCAGAUCCUUACUCCCAUGAUACCCAGGGGUUCUGGUUUCCACAUAAAAAGAAACAAAAUAGAAAAAAAAUAAUGCAAACUCUUUAAUCUAUACCAAUGAAUAAUUUUUUCCCCCCCUUUUUUUUUAGUCUUUUCUUAACCAUACUUCUUCUUUUCGGGACUGGGGGCGGUCAUUUUUGUUGUAUUUCAUGAUUUUUUUAAUUUUUUUUCUUUAAUGUGCAGUGUCUACUCCUCUAGUCUACGUGUUGCUAGGAAAAUUCUUAUCGAGACCAAAGUUGCUUCCGUUUUCUGCACAGAUUAGCGCUGCAGAAUGCAAAUAGUGAAGUGCAACUCGAAGUCCGUUGCCAUAGACCUGACCUUUUCUCAUUCCAAGGCCUUUGCCCGGGUCCAUUUUUAUCUUCUAAAUCCAGAAAAUCUUUAAUUACUUGAACCCAUUGCUCAUGUAGACUAGGCAACCAUUUUGCAGAAUCUGUCUAGCCAGAGGCCCCCCCCCCCCCCCCUCCUUCGAUAGUUCCUAUAGGUUCUGUGCUAGUCGGGCCACAGAAUGACUGCUGAUGCUGAGUGUAGGCACUGGAGGUACUUCAAGGCACCGUAUAUGACCACUCUACAUUCCCUUUACUCAUGCAUAGAGUAUUUUACGGACCCUUGGCGACGGUUGGCACUCCAGUCCAAAUUUUUGUUUAUUAGGUGGUGCUAGCAUCCCACCGGAGAAGCAAACGGGCAAAGGCCUGUACAGAAAAUCCAUAUAGACGCUGACCUAUCUGGAAGCCCCAUCCACCUGUAAUUAGAGCCAUGUAGCACGAGGGACAGUUUUAUUUUGUUUUACCAAAGAAGUUCCAUGCUCUAUCUGCAUCACUUACGAGAGCGGUGACCGCCGGGGAGGAUCUUAUGCUCUUACGCUUGGAAGCCUUGACUUGCAGAUUUGCAUUACGGACAGUAUUGCAUUGCUCCUGAAGGAGCGCGACACAAGAUUAUUGCAGCAUCAUUUACGGAUCCCUAAGGCCCAGGCUGUUAACCAAUGCCAGUCAGCUGCAGGACAAUCCUGCCUGGCUCCAUGCAAACCAACAGGCUGGAAACCUGGCGUGACGAGCCCGGGCCCGACGUCUCCUCUAUCACCAGUGUUUAGUAUUGGUCCCACCAUGGGGGUCACCUAAGAUGUCUCCAUCCUUCUCAUCACGUUGGUUCUUGUUUCAUCUUCACGUCAGUGUUUUAUAGCCAAGUAUUGAAACCAUGAAGCCAAAGGACUUUUUUUGCACUCGGUUCCUCGUCAACGGUUUUUAAAAGAAACACCUACCCCCAUCAUAAACACAAGCCUAAAAUCAGCCAAGAAAAUUGUGCCGAAAAAUUAUAUAUUUUUUUGCGUCAUAUCCUUUUAACUAAAGCCGGUGCUUCGAGAUAACGCCAUGAACCGUAGAAACUCCCUACGUAGUGAGAAGACUCCAGUCUGUUUCUAUUAGAAAGCCUCCUCCGUGUGUAUUUUUUUUUUUUUAAUUGGUGAAGCAUUUUAUGACAUGGUAAACGGGGGGCGGGAUGUUUUUUUUUGUACGAGGUGCUAAUGUGAUGUCCUGUGAGGGCGGGCGGUUGUUUCUGUCGAUGUGAGAAUUUCUAGUACACUCCUCAUGUGCCAUAGUGGUGGCUAUUGUAUAUAUGUAUUCAUGGCUUGCCAGGACAGAGAGGGUUAACGCAUUCUACACUACGUUCUAGGGGUAUGAUGGGUGUUGUAGUCCAACGCCUGGUUGGUUAAGGAUCGCUGUGUUUUUAAUUAAAAAUGAUCCGUAUUACAAUGGCUGCCGAUGUAUUUUACACACCACUGGGUGUUCUGUCCUCGACCCUCUUCUCAGACCAGCCAUUUUGUGGGCCGCAUCGAUGGCCGGAACAAUCGUGGAAGCCAUUUUAUUUUUUUUUAUUUUUUUUUACAAGCCCCCUUGUGCCAUUGUAUAAUGGAUGUGGGCUUGCACAAAAUGGCUGCUCAGGGGGUGCAAGGAGAAGGUAUAUUUCUAGGGGGGGGGGGGGGUCUUAUCAUGACACUUUAUAAAAUAAUAUACUUUAUAUGGAGUAUACGGGCGUUUUAUUGGGGGGUUGUAUGACCACUAACAGACCAAAAUAUGGGAACGCAGAUCCUCGUGUGGAGAGGUUGUCUAUAAAUCCAGUCAGGUCGCUGCUUUAAUUUUUUAAAGAAAAAAAAAAAAAGUUUGAUUCUGGUUCCUAGGGACUUGAUUUAGUUUGGUUGCUAGGGGAUUGAUUGGUUGCUUAGGGACUUGGUUUCCAGGGGGCUUGUUUCCCAUAGCAACCAGUCACAGUGCAGCUUUCAUUUCUCGAAUGCAGAAUGAAAGCUGUGCUGUGAUUGGUUGCUUUGGGCGACCGUUUCCCACUCCGGUUUAGCCAGUUUGAUCUGAACACUGGUUUCCAUGGGCAACAAGGUUGAUCUUCUUUUUUUCUUUUCUUUUUUUUUUUUUUUCCACAACGAUCCUGGUUUUAACUCUUUCCCCUCUAUAUUAGUCCAUAGGAUGCAAGCCAUACCCCCCCACUAGCAGUAAUGGCAGCGCCGGGGGUCACUUCUAAUCUGUGCUCUGCUGAUAAGAUUAUACGUGUUUUGUGACACAAAGCCAAACUAGGAAAUAACCGCAAGAAUCGAGGAGAACGGCGAGAGGACUGUGUGUGUGGUGUAAUCAACCGUAUAGCAGGGAUUGUGCUAAUGGAUGAUGGGAGUAGUGACUGGGACCAGGCAUCGUCUUCUGGGGCGGAGGGCGGUGGGAUUUAGUCAGGAAUGCUCCUGUCCUUCCAUCGUAGGACCUGUGUGAACUGGGCCCCAUGAAGGGAAGUUUCACUAAAUCGAGGACUAGUAGCCGUUCUGAUCCAGGUGAGGGGGAAGGUGACAAAAUGGCAGCCAUCACCCUGAGAGUGGUCGUUACGUAAAUGGAGGGGAGAAGAAUGGGGGAGGGAUAUUUAUCAUGAGGGUUAUAUUUGUAGUCCAUUUUCUGUCAGUCUGCGCUGGAGUACUUUGCGCCAAAUUUAAUCAAACGGCACGUGUUAAAUUGGACUUUUCUUUUAACCUAAGACUUUUGUCUAGAAAAGCUCCUCCAGUUUUCUGCUCCCCCUCCCCCCUCGCUGGAGAGUGGCUUUGGGACUUCUUUUUGUGACUUGGACCCAGUGAAAGUCGGAAAAAAAUAUAUAUAUUUUUGCAACCAUUUUGGAAACCAUUCUGGAGUACAGAGCGCGAUAAAUUCCCCCAAGGUGUUAUGGGAUGCAUCAGUAUAUAUUUAUAAUGGGUGAAAGGAGGACUAAUCGCACACCGAUCACAGGCUGCAGCGGACAUGAGUGCAGAUGGCAGCCGAUCGAUCGGUGGUGAUGCCUAUCCUGUGACUCUCCAGUGGUUGAAAAACUGCAGACCAUGCUGGGAGUUGUAGUUUACUAAAAGCUGGAGAACGAAACACCACUGCUGUAGACCAUGUAUUCAUCCCUUGUGUUGGACCCAUAAGGACUUGACAAUAGGUGGGUCACAAAGUGUCUCCCUGCAGGGAACCCCAGCGAUCAGCUGUGGAGAAAGCUGGCAAUACGUGUUCAGUUUCCCCACAGUGCCACAGCAGGGGAGACACGGUAUUACACGGUGUCCGUUCAAAUCAAUGGGUUGCCUGUGUAAGGCAGGACAGGACGGGUCCUCCAGCACGUGACGCUCUUUGUAACCGCUCUCCACUCUAGCCAAACGAUCCUGAAAAAAACGACUCUGCUCUAUUAACCCAGAAUUCCAUAAAAGGGGCGGGCUUUGUAAAACCUUCAUCCAUUUAUGCAAGUGCCACUGAACAGGAAUGUACCGCUCCAUCCUAGCGGACUAAACGUAGAAAUACCUUGCAGUGGCGGGUAUCCUCUACACCAAUAAUCUCUGAUCCCUGAGCCAAUGCCAAGGAUGGACUUAAAAUCUUAAGGAUUGGCCACUGAUUGUCUCCGUAGUCUACUGCUACGGCCGUCCGCCAUCUUGACAAAGCACCUUCCCAGUCCUACUACACAUUCCUGAAGCCACCAGUGGCAUCUAUGUAUUAUGUCUAAAACGCUAUUUGCCAUUUUGGGGGGGGUGGAUUAAAAAAAGAGUAAAUAAAAAUGAUCUUUUGCGCCACGAAAAAAAAGAAAAAAAAAAACGUUGAAUGUGAUUUUAAUUUUUUUUCUAAAUCAUGAUGCAACAUUGUGUUCAGUUGUGUUUUUUACCCUGUGAGAUGAUUGGUGGAUUUAUGUUUUUUUUUUUUUUUUUUUUAUAUUAUUAUUAUUAUUAUUCCUUAGAGCUGUGGUGCUGCAUGGCAUUGUGAGGGGUCUAUUCAGAGACCCCCGGGAGGGGCGUACGUUGCGUUUUCUCCUCAUCGUGUUUAGCAAAUAUUUUUGAAUCCUCAAAAAUAAAUAAAUAAAUAAAUCUGCUGAUCUUCUAGAGGACGACUCCUUUCUUUUUAUUCUUCAGCUAUUUUUGUAAUCUAUAUUUUUCUAAACUGACAGAUUCACAGUAAAUUUAGACAUUUUCAACAGGAUUUGUAUUUUUGUUUUUUCGUAUCGCCCCUUUCGGGUGCCAGUGGGGCUCAGGAAGCAUGGGCAGGCAUGUAACGCUGGCACCUGAGGGGUUAUUGCUGUUUGUAAUGAGAAUUGUGAAGCAUCUUGUUUGGCAGCAAACAAACCCAGCACCGACGCGGCGGCCAUUUUGUUGUUGGGGUUGGCCUUUUUUUUUUUUUUUUUUUUUUUUAAGCCUGGAAGUACACGAGUUGUCUACAGCCAUAUCAGAUCACUUUCAGGUUAGAAUUUAGAAAUAAGAUGGAUUACGAUUGGUUGAUAUGAGCAGCACCUUCGCCAUCAUGGCCUCCUUUAUGAAAACCCCAAAAAUGGCCACCAGUAGUUAAAGUUGAGGUUUCCUUCACCCCAGUUGUUUUUUGGGAAUCCUUGGCUUCUCCUUCAUUAUCCACCCAUUGUCUUAAAGGGGUUGUCCAGAAUAACUAAACCUUCUAAAAUCUCCCUAAAAAAACAGCACCACACCAGUCACUGGGUUAUGCCUGGUAUUGCAACUCAAGAAAAGUGAGGUGUAUCUGCAGUACCAUGCACAACCUGCUGCAGGUGUGGCGCUGUUUGUAGAAGAAAGCAGGUGUUUUUCUAAUUUUGGACACCCCCUAUUAAAGGUUUUUUCCCAAAAGGUCAUUAGGGGUCUGACUCAGCUGCGGCCUCUUCGUAGUGUACACCAUAUAGUGGCCAUGCCAGGUACUGCAGCUCAGGCCCAUUCAUUUAGAUAGGAUUGGCCCAAGCACCGCAACCCUUUCAAACAGCUAAUAGGAGGGGGCACCAACCACAAAAUGGCCUCCGCCCACAUCGUCUGUCGCUGCCCUGUUUGCUUUGCUGAUGAUGCAUUUAAAAAAAAAAAAAUUGAAAAACUUUGUUUUUAUCUUUUUAUUGCUGAAAUUGCGAGCUGUAACCCAUCAGUAUAAAGUCCACAAUCCGUGCCGUGUCCCCGGGCUGUCGGUGAAAUGCUUUUUGUAUGAUUGUGUGUUUUAUGUUCUACCAGAAUGGUUCUCAUUUCGCAAGACGCAGCAGAUUGUGACUCUGUAAAAACUUUACCGUGCAAAUACAUCAAAGUUGUAGCCAUUUA